AUGGAGUGGUUGCCGUUCGCAUCGAGCCCCGCGUUAUCGACGCGUGCUUGCCGAGGCUACGAGCGCGCAGCCGCGCACCCUGGUCUGUUGGUGCGAGAACACCAAGUCUCCAUUGAGAAAAGGUAUCGAAGCUCGAUGAGAACAGCCGUAGACUUGUGCAGUGUAAGGCACCGUAAUGCUCACGAUGUGCACGACGUGCAGCGUGCACGAGUUGCGGAGAGCGCUCCAGCGUGGGUGAACUUUGCCGCGGGGGUCAUGGCGGCUUUCGUGACACGAACGGUACUCAUUCCGCUGGACACCAUCAAAACAAACAUGCAGAGCGCCACGAUGGCACAGCUUCGGGGGUUACCAUGGCACCGUCGUCUCGUAUUCGUUGCACGCAGCAUAGUCAAUCGACAUGGGGUACUGGGUUUCUGGCGCGGCCUCCCGGUGGCGGUCAUCGGAAACGCACCCGCCCAGGCCGUCUACAUGGCCACCUACGAAGCGCUGAAAUCCAUGAUGCACGUUGCAGAGCCGACUCCCGAUGUUGUGCGGCGAUCAACACCGAGGACGAUCGUUCGUAUUGCGAUUGCCGCUGCGUUGGCGGAUACAGUCGCCUCAUUGGUUCGCGUUCCGCCAGAGGUCAUCAAACAGCAAGUCCAAACUGGACAGCAUCAAAACGCGAUAUCGGCAUUGCGAGCGUUGGCGAGACAGCCUCUGCAUCGCGGAGGUCUCUAUCGCGGGUUUUGGGCUCAAGUUGCCCGAGACGUACCGUUCGCAGUGUCUCUCUUUGUUGUCUACGAGUCGCUCAAUGAGUUUUUCGUGCAGCGACGCAUGCACGCGGACUCCAAGACCGGUGAUGGGCAUCAUAUAGCGACCGCGGAUGCUUUGGGUAAUGGACGCAAACCUGUCUGGACCGGAAGCGUAGCCGGCACCGUUGCGGCGAUCUGCACGAUGCCGAUGGACAUCGCACGUACACGCCUCAUGGCCCGGCCCUACGGCGAGUAUGCUGGCGUCUGGCAGGCCAUUUACCAGAUCGCUCGCGAGGAGGGUCCGAUGACGCUAUGGGCUGGCACAUGGCUCCGCAUUUUGUACAAGAUGCCCUCUUCAACGCUGUUCCUGGCGAGCUUCGAUUGGUCCAGGGCGGCGCUAGUGCGCAUCCAACGUGCACUUUGCUGCGAGGCCGCAAAUCAUGUCGAGCACAACUUGUAUCCAUGA